AAGAUGGCAGAGCUACAAAUGCUACUAGAGGAGGAGAUCCCCGCCGGCAAGAGGGCGCUUGUGGAGAGCUACCAGAACCUGUCCCGGGUGGCGGAGUACUGUGAGAACAACUAUGUCCAGGCCCAAGACAAGAGGAAGGCCCUGGAGGAGACCAAGGCCUACACCACCCAGUCUCUGGCCAGUGUGGCCUACCAGAUCAAUGCCUUAGCUAACAAUGUGCUGCAGCUGCUGGACAUCCAGGCCUCGCAACUACGACGCAUGGAGUCCUCCAUCAACCACAUCUCCCAGACGGUGGACAUUCAUAAAGAGAAGGUGGCACGCCGGGAGAUCGGCAUCCUGACCACCAACAAAAACACCUCUCGCACCCACAAGAUCAUCGCCCCGGGCAACAUGGAGCGGCCGGUGCGCUACAUCCGAAAGCCCAUCGACUACACGCUGCUGGAUGAUGUGGGUCACGGUGUCAAGUGGCUUAAAGCCAAGCAACAUGGGAACAAUGCAGCAGGGCGAGGAGGGACACUCGCUAGGACCAACCCCCCGACACAGAAGCCCCCAAGUCCUCCCAUGGCUGGUCGUGGUACCCUGGGGCGUAACACUCCCUACAAGACACUGGAGCCUGUGAAGCCCCCAGUGGUGCCUAACGACUACAUGACAAGCCCAGGACGACUGGGCAACCACAGCCCAGCACGCACAGCCUCGCUCAACCAGAGGCCCAGGACACACAGUGGCAGCAGUGGGGGCAGUGGCGGAAGGGAGAACAGUGGAGGCAGUGCAGUCAGUCUCCCUCUGGCAGUUCCCACCCCCUCCCCUCCCAGUUUGGGGCAAGGUGAGCCUCCCCCUUCUCCUGCAGUAGCAACGUCCUCAGCCUCAGUUCCCCAGGGCCCCGGCUUGGGUCCCAUCCCCAUGUCCCAGUUCGGCACCAUCUCCCGCCAGAUCUCCCGUCACUCCUCCACCACCUCCUCGGCCUCCAUGGUGUCAGCCACCGGCACCUACCGCCGUGCACCCUCCGUGUCCUCCCAGCAGCCUCACGUCAACGGGGGCCCUGCUUACACACAGAACUCAAUGUCUGUGGCUCCUCCGCCUCCUCCUCCCAUGGUCCAGCUGACCCCACAGAUCCCACUGACCGGCUUUGUAGCCAGAAUGCAGGAAACCAUAACAGACAGCCCCGCCCCGCCUCCCCCUCCUCCACCCGAGGACUUGGGAGUGUUUGAGGAACCCUCUCCUCCUCCUCCUCCCCCACCCGUGGACUACGAGGAAGAGGAUGCAUCCGUGGUCCAGUACAAUGACCCCUACUCUGACGGAGACCCCCAAUGGGCCCCCAAGAUUUUUUUAGAGAAAGUUGUGGCCAUCUACGACUACAGCAAGGACAAGGAGGAUGAGCUGUCCUUCAUGGAGGGAUCCAUCAUCUACAUAAUCAAGAAGAACGAUGACGGCUGGUUCGAAGGCGUCGCCAAUGGCGUCACUGGACUCUUCCCAGGAAACUACGUGGAGUCCAUCAUGCACUAUGCUGACUAAAAAGAGCAGGACACACAAGCAGUACUGCAGUUUGGAGCACAGAUCAAACCCUGAAGAUGUACAGAUGUAUGCAGUGCAGCAAUAGCAUUCAUUCAACUCCUGUUUUCAAUGAAGUGCCAUGGUGAAGUCUUUGGAAUAUACUAAAUGCUUUUCUUUUAGGGGGAGCUCGUGCUUCCACGGUUAUGUUCCAAAAGAAAAAAAGUCCAAAUGAAGGAGGGGGUUUGAAGCUUUGGAUGACUGUGGUCUGUUCGUUUACACUGUCGGUUGGACUCUUCAAACCAGGUCACAUUUAGCCUCACAAUAAAUUACAAUGAAUCAAAAUCGUUUCAGAGAACACCAUACAAAUAUGGAUGUAGUGUUACUUUGGGUAUGUGCAACCAACGCUUCCAGUAUUUAUUGCACACAGUAUACAACUGAGAUUUAAAGCCA